ACGAUACCGUCAACAGAAACUACAAUUGUACAUUCAGUUACAUGUAGUGCGCCUGAACCUGAUGAUAUGGACGAAGAAUUUGAUGAGUCCGUCGAUUAUGAUGCAAUGUUUGUUGAAGACCAUGUUGAAAUUACAGAUGAAGAGGAAGGUGCGGAUGAAGGGGAUGAAGAGGAAGAUGGGGAUGAGGAUGAGGAUGAGGAUGUAGAGGAAGAUGGGGACGAGGAUGAAGAGGAAGAUGGGGCAGAUGAAGGACAUGCAGUUGGUUCCAAGAGAAAGCUCACUUCAAUUGUUUGGGUUGAUUUCAAGAAAGUGAGGGUCCGUGGGAUAUGGAAGGCACAAUGUCUUCAUUGUAAGAAGAAACUUGGAGGGGAAUCAAAGAAUGGGACAAAGCAUCUUCAUGUUCAUUUGGCGUCUUGUACUAUGAAGAAGGUCAAUAGCAAUGGUAAAACAUUGAGCCAAUCUUCUUUGAGGUUCAAUUCUAGUAGCCAUGGAAAAGUUUAUGUGGAGAAUUAUACUUUUGACCAAGAUUAUGCUAGAAAGAUGCUUGCUUCCAUGAUUGUGCUGCAUGAGUACCCCUUAUCCAUAGUUGAUCAUACGGGCUUUCGAAGAUUCAUAAGUGCAUUGAAACCCUUGUUUAAUAUGGUGACAAGAAAUACAAUUAGGAAGGAUAUUUUGGACGCUUACAAAGUUUAAAGCAAGAAGGCUGUCGAGUACAUGGCUGCAAAUCGAUCAAGAGUGGCUAUCACUACUGAUUUAUGGAUGGCUGACAAUCAAAAGAAAGGAUACAUGGCAAUCACCGGCCAUUUCAUUGAUGACUCUUGGA